CGUCACGUGGCCCCAGGGGCAAGCGCGCUCGGGCCGAGACUGCGGCGCGGGCACUGGGCGAGCCCGCGGCCGCCAGAGCGCCCGGUGCAGCGUUUCCUUCCCGCUGUGGCUCAUGCGGCUCGGACCCGGGCUGUGGCGGGAGAGAAGAUGCCACGGCCCGAGUCCCAGAAGGCCGGGAUCCUGCGCUGCCGGCGUCGGGGAGAUUGAAGAUGACCCUUCAGCGAUGUUAGGUCUAUAAUGGGAAGUGUCACAGCUCGAUAUUUCUGUUACGGAUGCCUUUUCACAUCUGCGACCUGGACGGUUUUGCUUUUUAUUUAUUUCAACUUCAGUGAAGUGACUCAGCCACUUAAGAAUGUGCCCAUCAAGGGGUCCGGGCCCCAUGGCCCUUUUCCCAAAAAAUUCUAUCCCCGUUUCACUCGAGGCCCAAGUCGAGUGUUAGAGUCACAGUUCAAAGUAAACAGAAUUGAUGACACGAUAGAUAAUCAUGUUGAAGAUCCAGAAAAAGGCAACACGAAAUUCUCUUCUGAAUUGGGCAUGAUUUUUGAUGAACGUGAUCAGGAGUUGAGAGACUUGGGCUAUCAGAAACACGCCUUCAACAUGCUCAUCAGUAACCGCCUGGGCUACCGCAGAGAUGUGCCCGACACCAGGAAUGCCGCAUGUAAAGACAAGUCUUACCCCGCGGACCUGCCGGUCGCCAGUGUCGUUAUCUGUUUCUACAAUGAAGCCUUGUCUGCCUUGCUUCGUACGGUGCACAGCGUUCUAGACCGCACGCCAGCCCAGCUCCUUCAUGAAAUCAUCCUUGUGGAUGAUGACAGUGACUUUGAUGAUCUGAAAGGAGAACUAGAAGAGUAUGUCCAAAAAUACCUCCCUGGAAAAAUUAAAGUAAUAAGAAACACAAAGCGUGAGGGACUGAUUCGAGGAAGGAUGAUCGGAGCGGCCCAUGCUACAGGAGAGGUCCUGGUGUUCCUGGACAGCCACUGCGAGGUGAACGUGCUGUGGCUGCAGCCCCUGCUGGCCGCCAUCCGGGAGGACCCGCGGACCGUCGUGUGCCCCGUCAUUGACAUCAUCAGUGCGGACACGCUCGCCUACAGCUCGUCCCCCAUCGUGCGCGGAGGGUUCAACUGGGGGCUGCACUUCAAGUGGGACCUCGUGCCCCUUUCUGAGCUCGGGGGACCGGAAGGAGCCACCGCACCCAUCAGGUCACCGACAAUGGCUGGAGGAUUGUUUGCCAUGAACAGACACUAUUUCAAUGAACUUGGACAGUAUGACAGUGGCAUGGAUAUCUGGGGAGGAGAAAAUUUAGAAAUAUCAUUUCGGAUCUGGAUGUGUGGAGGUAAACUCUUCAUCAUCCCGUGCUCUAGAGUCGGACACAUUUUCCGAAAAAGGCGACCGUAUGGCUCUCCUGAAGGCCAGGACACCAUGACCCACAACUCCUUGCGGCUGGCACACGUCUGGUUGGAUGAAUACAAGACUCUGAGCUCCUUCUCCGCGGUCACCAGCUUGGAGUCAUACUGUCUCCUGGCGGCCCUCAGACCCACCUAGAUCCCGGCUGCCCUCCCAGGAGGAUGCUGGGCCGAAGCUGUUUUCACAGUCAGAUUAAUACAGGACUUGCCCCUUUCACCGUGUCGGCGUUGCGCCGAUGGUGCGGGAACGGUGGAGUGGUGCAAAAAAUUCCGCUGAAUCUUGGCAAGCUCGGAGUGCCGAGACGCGGCGGACAGAGAGUACUUUUCGCUGCACGCCGGAGCACCGUGCUUGUGGCAAAAGGAAAAACGUGUGCAGCUGCUCGAGUUGUGAGCUGGACUGAUCACUUUUACAUAAAUGGAGAAAAGAGUGCCUCACAAACCAUGGUUAUUUCUGUUUGGCUAUUUGGCAGACAGUCUCAAAGAUGAACCAACUGCCCUUCUCACUUUGACAGACAGCAUUUGUUGCCAAUGAUGAAAUUCAAGCUUUCAGGUGAAAAAUUACAGUUUUGGGAAACUUGUAUCCACCCCAUGAGCUUACUCGCUUCCCGUACUUACACGCUUUUCUGAGGAGAUUAGGAUAUUUAUGAACAUAAUUCUGAAUACUGAAAUUUGGCAUUAUUUGAAAGAACUUCACAACCCGGCGGAAGCAGAACUUGGAUGGGUAAAAGAUCCAGUCACAGGGCAAGACAGCAGAUUUGAACCCAACAGUAGGAAAGCUCAAUGAUACAACUUAAAGGUUAGCUACGAUGUGGAAUGUGAAGGGCUAGAGUUCUGGUGUAAUAUCAGAAAAUAGCAGCCAGAAUUCUCUGAAAAUGCCAUUAAAAUACUCCUUCCCUCUCAAACUAUAUGUUUUCACACGCUCCUAUUUUUAAAAAUGUAUUUAACCAGACAACAUAUAAUAACAGGUUGAAUGGAGAAUUGAGAAUUCAGCUGACUUCUUUCUAGCCAGACAUUAAAAAGAUUUGCAAAACUGUAAAGCAGUGUUACUGUUCUCACUAAAUUUCUUGUUCAAAGCAUGUUUAUGUUCAUAGGUAAGGAGUUAUUUUUAAAGAGUUGACAAAUGUUUUCACGUCUCUCCUGGUAAACACGAGCAGAUGUAACUCACACGAACCUCCCCAGAGUCUUUGGUAAUCGUUAAGAUCAUAGUCCUGACAGAGUCGGAGAACUGCCCCCUCACGUGCAGCUUCCUUGAUUCUGGGAUCACAUUUUUACAUGUGUUGCCAAUUCUGAGGUUCGGACGUUUCCUAGAGUUUAAAAUGUCUUACCAUCAACGACGGACCUAAUCGAUAACUUCAUGUUGACAUCUUCUGGCAACGUGAGGAAAACACCAGCGUGAAAAAUAACUUCGGCUCUUUAAGACUCAGGUACAAUUGAUACUACUUAAUUUUAAACAAAAAGGCCAUUCCCGUAUUUUUCGUUUUUCUUUUUAAAAUUCAGGAGCAGUAUUUUUCCUUAAGACCUGACCUGAGGACCAAAAGUUACGGAAACAUCAGUGAGCGUGUUGAACUGAGGAGGAAGUUGGGCUGUAAAUCAUUUAAAUGGUAUUUGGAUAAUAUUUACCCAGAGAUGCAGAUAUCUGG